UUAGCAACCUACGAUUCACAUAAUAUGAAGCAGAGUGGCAUUCCAACUAAAAAAUUAUUGAAUCUCUAUAAGAAAUAUAGUGAUGGCGAAUACGGUGUAAUUGUUACGGGUUGUAUUAUGAUUAAUGGUAAAAAUCUCGAGGCUCCUGGCAAUGUUAUCAUUGAUAAAGAACUGGAAAGCGAUGAAAGGCGAGAAGCUUUUAAAGAAUGGACUGAAAUUACGAAAAAGAAUGGAAGUGUUUUUAUUGCGCAACUAUUUCAUCCUGGUAAACAUGCGAUAGAUAUUGCUGGUGGCAAUAAAUUUGAUGUGAAUACAGUAACUCGAGAACAAAUAGAUGAAAUCGUCGAGCAGUAUGCGUAUGCGGCAAGUUUCGCUCAACAAUGUGGUUUUAAUGGAGUGGAAAUAUCGGCUGCAUAUUCAUAUGCACUCGGGCAAUUCUUAACGGUUGGUUCUAACUGGCGCACCGACGAAUAUGGUGGAUCAUUGGAAAACCGAUCGAGGAUCCUUUUCAGAAUAAUUCAUGCGAUUAGGUAUCAUAUUUAA